UAAGUCUUUUAGGGUCAUAUUCCAGUCUGCUGUUGGAGUUUUCAUGUGAUUUUGAUGAAGAAUCGCAUUCCUUCAUCUCGUCCGCCAUUUUGAAUUAGUGUCUAAAACAGCUGAUCAAAAGUGAGCCCACGUUCCAAGUCCCGUAUGUAAACAAGAUGGCGGCCCACAUGGACAAGAUUCACAAGGCUCUUGAGUUUGAGAUCCUAGCUAAAUGCUCGACGACAAAGGCCCGAACUGCUAUCCUAACACUACCACAUCAUAAAGUAGAGACUCCGGUUUUUAUGCCUGUUGGUACUCAGGGAACGAUGAAGGGACUGACUUCUAAACAGCUGGAAGACAUGGACUGUCAGAUUAUUCUGGGUAACACUUAUCAUCUAGGAUUACGCCCGGGAACUGAUAUAUUAGAACAAGCUGGUGGGCUACACAAGUUUAUGAAUUGGAAAAGAGCUCUACUUACAGACAGUGGAGGAUUUCAAAUGGUUUCUCUUAUCAAACUCUCUGAAAUGACAGAGGUAAGAGAGGAGGAAAAUUGUAAAUGUCAUUUAAGAAAAGUAAGUUAUGCUGUUGACCUGGUAGUGUGCUGUGCCCUGGGAGCAGACAUGUAUGACUGUGUUUACCCAACUAGGACAGCUAGAUUUGGCACAGCACUUGUUCCAUGGGGCCAGCUUCACCUCAAAAAUAAACAGUAUGGGAAUGACUUAAAACCAAUUGAUGAUAAAUGUUCUUGUUAUACUUGCAAGAAGCACUCUAGAGCAUAUCUGAACUCAUUGAUAGGGAAGGAAUCAGUGGCUUGUCAUCUUAUUACGAUUCAUAAUAUUUAUUAUCAGAUGCAGUUAAUGCAUGAUAUAAGAGAAAGCAUCAAACAAGACAAAUUCCCAGAAUUUAUCCGAAAGUUUAUGUCCAAAAUGUAUCCAAAAAGUGACUAUCCUUUAUGGGCCAUUGAAUCUCUUAAAUCUGUCAAUGUAGAACUAGAAUAUGGCCCAGAAAAUGAAACUAAACAGGACAAAAUAAGCUAAKAAUAAUAAUAAAUGAUUUCCUUCUGCUACAUAUCAUUCAUGCAUAAAAU